CAAUAGGAUACUGCUUUUGGCUUCAUAUUUUUUUAAUUACUACACUUCUUGGCUCACUUUUAGCUCAGUUCUCUUAUUUUCUUGAACUCUACAGUCUGCUAAUUGUUGCUGUGUUCAUUCUUGAUUAAGUUUCUUGUUCCGGGUGUGGUUAUUUUCCAGUUGGGUGCUUUAAUCUUGGAGAAAGAUCGAACCUUCAUCCUUGUAUGAACUGAUUUGGGUCGGAGGUAUUGGGGAAGGGGGGAUUAUUUCUGACUUAUUGCUUACUUGGUUGGUGGAUAUUGUAGGGGGUACUGUGGGUCUAGUUGGGCAAGAAAUGCUUCUAUUUAUUGUUCCUGUUUGUAUGUAAACCGCGUUGAUGUUCUUUGUCCUAAUGAGCAUUCAAUAAUCGCAUGUGCUUUUGUAGUUUUCUGUUUGUAUAUGUGAACUCUCUUGGUUGAUGGUAUUCUUAUUCUGGUUUUAACUUUAGUAGUAGUGAAUAGGAGGGGCAAUCCCAGACAGAUGGUUUAGGCAAUUGAUUUGGUCCAAAAGGUUAUAAGUUCAAUCCCAAUAGGAGCAGUCUAUUGGCUUUCUUGGUUUGAGCCGAUGAGCAAGGCUGGUUUACCAACUUGUGGUUCUUUGUCAGCUAAGGUCAUAAGACGAGGCUUACUUAAUGCACACCUUCAGUAGUAUCUGCGAGUUUUCCGUGUCAUCUUAUUGAAAGAAUAUAUGUGAAGCAUGGGUGCAUGGGAUAUUUGAUGUCAUACCUUCCUAGAUGAAAUUCAGCAAAGAGAGUUUAUCUAGUGUUUGGAGUAUGGGAUACAGUCUAGGAACUAGUGGAAGGACUUCUGGGCAGCAAGACAUAUCAGAUGAAUUGCAAGUAAAUCGAGCUUCUACGUUUCAUGACAGGCAUGAAUUCCCUUCCAGCAAACCUUGUAUUGAUAAGCGUCAUGAAGUGAGAGUGCAUGCUGUGAAUGCACAUUUGGUCCAGCUGAAAACUUCCAAGAAUUUCCAAAUAGGGAGUGUUAGCAGCAAAGGCGAUGAGCUUGUGAAACACAUGUCGAAUUUGCCCGUGUAUCUCCAGCGAGCAGAGAAUGAAAGAAGUGUCCAAGAAAAAGCUUUGAAUUUCGGAGUUCUUGACUGGAAACGUCUGGAGAAUUGGAAGUUGAAUGAGAGUAUGCCUGCAGGAAGUCACCGAAAAUCAUCUUCUGCUGGGAGUGAUUCUCUUGUUGUGACUGGCAAGCCUCCUAAAGUUUGUGCCAUGUCUUCAUCUCAAGAAAAAAAGCUUAGAAUUGGUACAAGUAAGAUGAACACAGACAAUGAAGACAAUCUUGCUCCUCAAAAUUGUGCUCCUAAGCCUCAAAAGAUGGUUAACCUUUCACCCAAGGCCAAACAUUCUCGUAGGAGUUAUUCAGGAAUUCCUCAGAUUUCAGAAUCAAGAACACUUUCCAAUGUCGAUUCAGUAGAGCCAGAGAAGAAUAGAGAUUCUGGUAGCUAUUUUUCUCAGGAACCUUACUAUAAAGAACUCUAUCCCACUAGACUUUCAUGUUCCUUGCCUAUAAACGAGUCAAGUAGCAGCAAAUCUGGAAGGAAACAACAGAACUCAUAUGCUCAUCGCAGAAAUUCAGAUUUUCUCCCAUGUCAUAGCCAAGAUGACAUGCUAACUUUACCUACUCAGACUGAAGCUAAGCGUCACUCAAAGAAGAAACCUAGUCUCACAUCCUUGGACUCAUUUGAGACUUCCCAAAAAAUGGAUCUGGAUAUUGCUGGACAGCCUGCCUUGGAAGGAAGGCAUCUAUCACAUAAUCGAAAGUUUAGCUUCAGUCUUGGUAGGUUGAGCAUAAGUUUCACCUCUAAACAGACUUCAGUACUUCCAGAAUUGAGUUCUGAGAAUUGUACCUCUCAUUUUAUGGAUAGUGAUACGAGAGACAAGGCAAAUGGUAGUGGCGGUGGGAGAUCUAGCCCUCUGAGGAGGUUGUUAAACCCCCUAGUGAGAUCCAAGAGAAUUCAUUCUGCCAAGACUAGUAAGCCUACAACAAACAGCAACGAAAAUGUUUCUGCGAAGAAGCAUGAGCUGUCGACUUCUGAGGCUCUUCUGCAUCUCAUGUGUAAAGAAGGACUCCCAUUCUUUAAAUUUGUUGCGAAUAAUGGAAACGACAUUUUAGCUGCUGCUGUCAAAAAAUUGCCAACAUCUGGCAAGGGAGAUGGCUGUCUGAUUUAUUCUUUCUGUAAGGUUUCUGUAAUAAAAAAGAAAACCGGGGGUUGGGUAGGCCAGGGAUCAAAAGAGAAGUGCAGUGGACUUGGUUAUAACAUCAUCGGUAUGAUGAAGGUUUCUAGCUCUCGUGUCUUGAACCCAAACUCAGAGGAUCGCGAGGAUGAAUCUGUUGUGAGAGAAUCUGUCUUGUACAGUGUUGAUUUGGGACAGGGAGACAAGCAAACACCCGAGUUCUUGCCAAACAGAGAGCUUGCAGCCAUUAUGGUCAGGAACCAAACGAUGAAACAUAACGAAGGAGACAUCGUAGUUAUCCUUCCCGGUGCUAUUCAUGGCUUGCCACAUAAAGGUGCACCUUCAUCACUGAUUGAAAGAUGGAGAUCCGGUGGAUCGUGUGAUUGUGGAGGGUGGGACAUUGGCUGCAAGUUACGAGUUCUAGCUGGCGAUGGAAAAAACCAUGACAACCAAGAUUCUAUAUCUCUUUUCGUUCAGAGGGGAGACCAGGAGAAGGAACCUGUGUUUUGUCUGUCACCAUUGAAGAAUGGACUCUAUUCUGUACAAUACGACGCAUCAAUCACUUUGCUCGAAACAUUCUCAGCAUGCGUCGCCAUUUUAACUAGCCAGAAACUAUCCCAUAUCUUGAAAGUGCCCAAGCAGAAAAAGAUUAUCUCAGCUUCAUCAACCACAAUCCAAGGGCAAGGGCCUGCAAGAUAUGUCCCUUCUCCACCUCUUUCGCCAGUUGGAAGAAUCUAGUUUCCUUUUCUUUAUGUUCUUUAAUUUAGGAUGAUAAAAGUAUAGUUGAGAAAGCAUAUAUUGAGAUGAUUGGUGUUUGUCUUCAAUUUGGAUUAUCAACAAAUGCCAACAGGUGAGUAUAUACUGCAUUGCCACAGUUAUAAAGCUCCUUUUUCCCCUAUCAAAUCCCAAAACUUUGUCUAUCAAAAAUUAUGUUUUGGGUACUUAGUUAAAGAGCAGGUAAGUGUAUAUCAGUUUCAACUAAUUGGCUUCAAAUUUAUUACCAAAUACUCUACCAAUAUUUGUUACUUCAUUUAUGUGACUCCAAUCUUAAAUUGCAAAUAUGGUAGUUUGGGUCGAGUGCAGAAGGUUGCAGGUUGUGGACCA